AUGUCUGAUCAAGAAAAGAGUUCAGAAAACAAUAAUCGAAGUAGAUCGAGGUCGAGAUCACCUGUUCGUCGUCGGAUGAGUGACGAUCGUGGUUAUGAAAGAGACAACCACUCGUCCCGCGGUUCAGGUAGUUACAACGGUAGGCGUAGGUUCGCAGAUACGUACAGAGGAAGCAGAGGUAGUGGUGAAUACAAAGGAGGUAGGGAAAGGCCUGAUUACAGAGAAAGGGAAAGGUUCAAUAACAGAGAUAAUCCUAGAUCUAGAGAUCGUUACGAAGAUAGGCGCAGAGGAAGAGAUGGUGCUGGUCGUUAUGGGAACAGACGUGAUGACUAUUCCAGAAAUUAUAAGAGUAGACACAAUACACGCGACGACAGUAGGAGAGGCGGUUUCAGUAAUAGUGGAGCAAGAGGUGAUUACGGUCCUUUGUUGGCGCGUGAAUUGGAUAGUACAUAUGAAGAAAAAGUUAAUAGAAACUAUUCCAACAGUAUAUUCGUGGGUAAUUUAACGUACGACAGCACCCCUGAAGACUUGACUGAGUUUUUUUCACAAAUAGGAAAAGUGGUCCGCGCGGAUAUAAUUACAUCAAGAGGGCACCACAGAGGAAUGGGUACAGUAGAGUUUACUAAUUCAGACGAUGUUGACAAGGCCAUCCGCCAGUACGAUGGGGCCUUCUUCAUGGAUCGUAAAAUCUUUGUCAGACAAGAUAAUCCACCACCUUCAAAUAACAUCAAGGAAAGGAAGGGACUCGAUAGAGGAGAGCUUAGACAUAACCGAAAAACUCAUGAAAUUAUUGUUAAAAAUUUACCUUCUUCUGUUAAUUGGCAGGCCUUGAAAGAUAUGUUUAAGGAAUGUGGGAAUGUCGCACACGCUGAUGUGGAAUUGGAUGACGAUGGAGUAUCCACCGGAUCUGGUACAGUAUCCUUUUAUGAUAUCAAAGAUCUGCAUAGAGCGAUUGAGAAAUACAACGGCUAUGAUGUGGAAGGUAAUGUUUUAGAUGUCAAGCUUAAGGAAAGCGUACGUAACCACAAUGAUGGAGACGAUAUUGAUAUCCCAAUGGAAGAUUCUCCCGUUAACGAGGAAGCUCGUAAAUUUACCGAAAACGUUUUCGGUGGAGGUGAGAGGAAUAAGCUGAUAUAUUGCAGUAAUUUGCCAUUCUCAACUGCGAACAGUGAUCUCUACGAUCUUUUCGAGACCAUUGGAAAGGUCAACAAUGCUGAAUUGAGGUAUGAUUCCAGAGGGGCACCAACUGGAAUAGCUGUAGUCGAAUACGAUAACGUCGAUGAUGCAGAUGUCUGUAUUGAAAGGCUAAAUAACUAUAACUAUGGUGGUUGUGAUCUAGACAUAUCAUACGCUAAACGCCUCUAG